UGCGUGAAAAAUUCCCAAGCAACAACAUUUCAUGCCCUCUGGACCCCGAAAAGUUGCCUGCUGCAUGACAGAUGGACGGGCCCUUGGUGAAGCGGGCGCGCUAUCACGGGACGCAUGCUCAUCCAGUGAGGCAAUCUUUUCAGAAAAUCGAGGUAGUGAACAGUAUUGUUCGCUUGAACUAGUAGUGUUGAGUGAGGCGUCAGACUCAACGUUUUAGUGUGUUUCGCUGUUGUGCAUCAGCAACUGCUAUUUUGUGAGCUGUAUGCUACGGGUAAUCUAGCGUGGUUUCUGCUGUUCUACUAAAAUCAGAGUUGUAAUCCUUUUCACUAUACUGGAGUCAAUACGUGUAGAUUUAUCACAUUGUUACCCUCCUACCGUCCCUAGUCCUGUGCGGACCCGGCGCCUCUCCCUGUAGCAAACAUAUUUUUCCGAUGUUUUUUGGCAGGAAUGUCUACCGUUAAUUCAGUUGGCAGGUGGCCGUUGGCGAACGUGGAGCUGCAGAGCGACGUCGUUCGUGGAAUGCGGCAGCGAGCGUGUCCAGAUAUCGCUACGUAUGCGGGAAACUCACGGUGGUCGCCGACGUUCGGUCGUCGUGAUGGAGUACCCCUGGAAGGCGGCUUUUUCGGACAACGGGAAUUUGUCGGGUCGGGUACAGCAUGCAGGCUACGACUCUUUCGCCAGGCCAGCACACCCCUAGCAGCCCAACUAACCAAUCGUCCUCAGUGUUUAAGCAGCAGGUACCAUAGUUUUUAUUCCUUGUCGCAGGACUUCCUGGCUGCCCACGCAGCAACAUUCAGCAGGAAUCGUGCGUUUAGCUCGUCCAGCGAGCCGGAUGUGCCUACCGCUGGCGAGUUUGCCAAGCACCUCUCAGAUCUUGAAUUACCGGAACUGAUAGAAGGGCUGCAGGCGUAUGAUGGAGGUCAAAUGCAGCAGUCCUACCGAGGCUUUCGGAGGCUCAGAGAGACGCUGGAACACGCAGACGAACAGUCAGUCGAGCACAGUGCCAAGGCGCUGGUUCUGGGGUGUAUGUACACGGCGUUAUUCCGUGUUGGUGAGUAUAGAGAAGCACGACGAUUUGCUGCGGAUGCGCGGGAUCUCUCCCGUGCUGGUCAUCAGAGUUUGGCAGCCGAUACAGCCACGGUAUGUGACAUUCGAGCGGCCCUCGAGGAGGCGAAAACGGCACGUGGCAAAGGUGGUGUUGCGGAGUGGCUUUUGCAGAGACCUUUGUGGCCGUCGGCGGACGAUGCGCCGGAACGACCAUCUCGACUAGAAGAACUUCGCAUCCUUCAGACUUCACUGGCUGUCUAUAAAAGAGGUGCAGGAGAAGCAGACAUUGGCAAGAGUUGGGAGACCAGAGAGAACGGCGGCAAGGGAGCCACUGUUGGUCUUCCCGCUUCCUUUUUGGGGCUUAUGAAAGAAUAUAAUGAUUUUAUUUUGAAGUAUUUCGCACGUGGGGCCGAGCCGACACCGUCGGAUCCGAGGGAUGAUCCCGCUGAAGUGUUGCUUGCGGUCGAGAGGAUGGCAAAAGAAGCAUCUUUAUUGCUAAAACAGAACGAGGCUUUCCUCACCGGCGCUUUGUCGAUCGCUGAACGUUCACCGUCUACGGUGUCCGAAACAGGAGGCGCUGGAUGCAUCGCGGAGCGCAUCACGAAAAGAGAGUUGGGGGCUGAAUUAGUGAGGGGAAUCGCGCUCCUCCAUGAGGGUUUGGGGACAGUGUUGGUGAAACAGUCAAAUGGCGUGGAAUCGGGAUGUGACAGAACUACCGACGAGCUGCGUGUACUCGGUGAUAAGGUGCUAAAAGACGGACUCACAAUCUGCAAGAAGUACGCCCAUAUCGACACGAAGAAUAUCUUGGCGUCGCUACUUUCUGCUCUUGCAACGUCGUUUAAACAACGGCACGAACCCGUCAUCAGUGAGGGACUUUUCCGUUCGUCUUUGAAUGAGUUCAAUACAGCGGCAGGGCUCAAUGUACAGCUGGUGUCGGUCCCUAUCGUAGCGGCAGGUGAUGACAGUGCUCGAAUUGGAGGGGAGUCUCGUGUGGCUUAUCCGAGGCAGGCGACGCUGGAUGCUAUUGUCAGCUUCGGAGUCGCCUUGUUGCAGUAUAGCGCUUUGUUGAACAAGUGGGAUGGACGCGAGGUUGAGGCAGAAAUGAUAUGUAGGCCGGCGAAUCAGAUUUUGGAGUCUUUCGGACUUCCGACAUCGAAAGACCCACUUGAGAACGUUCCAGCCCGCCUGCACGUGCUCCCUCUUCUUUGGAAGCCCUCGGUAUGCCUGGCUCGCCCCCUUUUGGUUUAUGUCAAGGAAAGGGAAGCCGUCAGUGGUGGCGGUGCAUGAUGCACAUCAUCGUGAUGGAAUAUUCGUUUUGUCCGCACUCAGGUCUGUUGUGUCACUUUUUAGCUGUCUACUAUCAAAACUGAUCCUCCGCUACAAAUCUAAUUAGGGUCCGUCGGGUCCCUAUGACUGGAUAUCUCGUUUUCCUUGCAUAUGCGAAUGUGAAGAUGGAGCAAGAAAUAAGGACAACGGACCCCCGAUAAACGCGUCACAUACCAUGGCAGCUAUUGGAAGGAUGAUCGUAUCGCAUACUAGCGAACCGCCCGUC